CCCUCGCUUCCAUGGCGAGAGUUAAACAUAGGGCCACCAGGUCCAGAGGUUCUAUACGAAAAUCUGUACGAUUAUCAGGAGCUGAAGCAACUUCUGCAUCUGCUGGCCCGAGUUCGGAUUCUGGUGGACAAGCUAGAGGAAAUGCGGCCGACGCACCGGGAAGCUCUGCGGCAAGACAGAGGCAACGUAAACCUUACCGCCACCGCCCAGGAACGGUAGCUCUUCGGGAGAUUCGCCAAUUUCAGAAAUCUUAUAAACUGCUGAUACCUGCGGCACCUUUCAUUAGAACUGUAAGGGAGAUUAGUACCUUCUUUGCUCCAGGGGUAACUCGUUGGGCAGCUGAAGCUUUGGUAGCUCUUCAAGAGGCGGCAGAAGAUUAUUUGGUUCAUCUGUUUGAAGAUGCAAUGCUUUGUGCAAUCCACGCAAGGCGUGUUACUCUUAUGCAAAAGGACUGGGCACUAGCACGACGAUUGGGAGGGAAAGGGAGGCCUCGGUGAGGGGGGUGCAGCACUUUUUGGGAUUACCACCUGUGGAUGGUAAAUGUUACAUUUAUUUUUAAGUUUGAUAGCAAUUGCAUUCUUUUUUUCUUAUGUAAUCAUAUGACAAAAUUUGCAAACAGUAACCAAUCUUAGAGUGCUUUUGUCGGUUCUGUAGCAUCUUCAGAGAUUUAUUGGAUGGUGAUGGAGUAAUCUGAGUCUUAUCUGAUUCA